AUCUGAGAGGAGCGGAAGUGGCACUGGAGGUCCUGAGAGUUCUCAUCCAGGAUGACUUCAGUGACCAAAUCAGAUAUCACAGAAGAAGAGGAAUCAGAGACGGCUAAGACUCAUGAUCAUCCAUUGCAAUCCAGUCUCAACCAUGUGGAAAUGUUUGCUAAAUCAUCUGCCUCCCUGGGGACGACUCAAUGCAUUUCAAAGGAAAGAAGUCACCUUGGCUCUAGCCCUGAAAAGGGGGCAAGUUAUGAUGUCAGCCACCAGGAAGGACUUCUGUUGAGGUCCUUUCAUUUGUCCCCUCAAGAACAGUCUGUUCAUCCUCGAGACAAAAGGCAAUCCUGGAGACGAGCAAGUAUGAAAGAAGUAAACCGGCGGAAGUCACUACCUCCCUUUCACCAGGGCAUUACAGAGCUCAGCAGGUCUAUCAGUGGUGACUUAGCAGAAAGCAAAAGGCUUAGUGCUCUCCUGUUUUCCAGUUUCCAGUUCUCUGUUCAGAAACUCGAACCUUUCCUAAGGGACACUAAGGGCUUCAGUAUGGAAAGUUUUAGAGCAAAAGCAUCUUCUCUUUCUGAAGAAUUGAAGCAUUUUGCAGACAAACUGGACAGUGAUGGAACUCUACAAAAAUGCUUUGAAAAGUCAAAAGAGAAAGCAGCAGAUUUUUCUCUGGAAACAUCAGUGGCUGAGAUGAAGGAGUAUAUAGCAAAGUUUUCUUUAGAAAGUCAUACCUGGGAUCAGCUCUUGCUGCAUUACCAGAAGGAGUCACUGCCAGAAACAAUAUCCAGCUCAGUUGAAACCAAAAUCAAUGAAGUAAACAUGGGCCCUAAAACCUAUCUUGAGUCUUCCCAAAGUGAAGUUCUUAACACAAAGCCUGACUAUCAGAAAAUAUUACAGAGCCAGAACCAAGUCUUUGAUUUUAUGGAGUUGGUGAUGGAUGAGCUCCAAGGAUCAGUGAAGCAGCUGCAGGCAUUCAUGGAUGAAAGUACCCAGUGCCUCCAGAAGGUGUCAGUACAGCUCGAGAAGAGAAGCAUGGAACAAUUAGAUCAUUCACCUGCUCGAAAACUGCUCAAACUUCACCUACGGAACCCUCCUACCACACAGUGCUCUCCAUCUUAUCAGUGGCAUUACCCAGCUCCUCUGCCAUGA